CGCCCCUCGCCCCUUGGCAUUCCCGGGCGGGCGGGCGGCGACUCGGCGCGGGCGCCCUCCCGGCCAGUAGUAGCGGCCCCUGCGCACGCCCAGGACCCCCGGCUCGGCGGCGGCGGAGGCCUGCCUCACUCCACCUGGAACCAUGAAUGAGGCCCGCAGGGACAGCACAAGCAGUUUGCAGCGCAAGAAGCCACCCUGGCUAAAGCUAGACAUCCCAGCUGUGGUACCCCAGGCAACAGAGGAACCCGGCUUCCUGCAGCCCUUAAGACGCCAGGCUUUCCUGCGGAGUGUGAGCAUGCCUGCUGAGACAGCCCAUGUGUCUUCACCCUACCAUGAGCCCCGGCGUCCUGUGCUGCAGCGGCAAACAUCCAUCACACAGACGAUCCGCAGGGGCACAGCUGAUUGGUUCGGAGUCAGCAAAGACAGUGACAGUACCCAGAAGUGGCAACGCAAAAGCAUCCGUCACUGCAGCCAGCGAUAUGGGAAACUGAAGCCUCAGGUCAUCCGGGAACUGGACCUACCCAGCCAGGACAAUGUGUCUCUGACCAGUACUGAGACACCACCUCCACUAUAUGUGGGGCCAUGCCAGCUGGGCAUGCAGAAGAUCAUAGACCCUCUUGCCCGGGGCCGGGCUUUCCGCAUGGCAGAUGACACUGCUGAUGGCCUGAGUGCUCCACACACCCCUGUCACGCCUGGUGCUGCCUCCCUCUGCUCCUUCUCCAGUUCCCGCUCAGGUUUCAACCGGCUCCCUCGGAGACGCAAGCGUGAGUCUGUGGCCAAAAUGAGCUUCCGGGCAGCCGCAGCACUAGUAAAGGGCCGCUCUGUUAGGGAUGGAACAUUGCGCCGCACACAGCGCCGAAGCUUUACUCCUGCCAGCUUCCUCGAGGAGGAUACAGUGGACUUCCCUGAUGAGCUGGACACAUCCUUCUUUGCCCGGGAAGGUGUCCUCCACGAGGAGCUGUCCACAUACCCAGAUGAAGUGUUUGAAUCCCCAUCAGAGGCAGCGCUGAAGGACUGGGAGAAAGCCCCUGAGCAGCCUGACCUCACGGGUGGGGCCCUGGACCGAAGUGAGCUGGAGCGCAGCCACUUGAUGCUGCCCCUGGAGCGGGGCUGGCGGAAGCAAAAGGAGGGCGGCACAGCGGCCACACAGCCCAAGGUGCGGCUUCGACAGGAGGUGGUGACCCCUGCGGGGCCACGAAGGGGCCAGCGCAUCGCUGUGCCCGUGCGGAAGCUCUUUGCCCGCGAGAAGCGGCCGUACGGGCUGGGCAUGGUGGGGCGCCUCACCAACCGCACCUACCGCAAGCGCAUCGACAGCUACGUCAAGCGCCAGAUCGAGGACAUGGACGACCACAGGCCCUUCUUCACCUACUGGCUCACCUUCGUGCACUCGCUCGUCACCAUUCUAGCCGUGUGCAUCUAUGGCAUCGCGCCCGUUGGCUUCUCGCAACAUGAGACCGUGGACUCGGUGUUGCGGAACCGGGGCGUUUACGAGAAUGUCAAGUACGUGCAGCAGGAGAACUUCUGGAUCGGCCCCAGCUCGGAGGCCCUCAUUCACCUGGGUGCCAAGUUUUCGCCUUGCAUGCGCCAGGAUCCGCAGGUGCACAGCUUCAUCAGCGCGGCCCGUGAGCGGGAGAAGCACUCUGCCUGCUGUGUGCGCAAUGAUCAGUCGGGCUGCGUGCAGACCUCAGAGGAGGAGUGCUCGUCCACGUUGGCAGUAUGGGUGAAAUGGCCCAGGCAUCCCAGCACCCCAGACCUUGCUGGUAACAAGAGGCAAUUUGGCUCUGUCUGUCACCAAGAUCCCAGGGUAUGUGAUGAGCCUUCCUCUGAGGAUCCCCACGAAUGGCCAGAAGACAUCACCAAGUGGCCGAUCUGCACCAAAAACAGUGCUGGGAACCACACCAAUCAUCCUCACAUGGACUGUGUCAUAACAGGCCGGCCUUGCUGCAUUGGCACCAAGGGCAGGUGUGAAAUCACCUCCCGGGAGUACUGUGACUUCAUGAGAGGCUACUUCCAUGAGGAAGCCACACUCUGCUCUCAGGUGCAUUGCAUGGAUGAUGUGUGUGGUCUCCUGCCUUUCCUCAACCCCGAGGUGCCUGACCAGUUCUACCGCCUAUGGCUGUCCCUCUUCCUACAUGCUGGGCAAGUGAAACUGGGCUGGGCAGGGGGUCUCAGGGACCCCAGAAGUGGUUGGCUGGUGGUGGUGAAGCCAUUAUCCCUGCUGAGUGGCUCCCAAACUAGCCCUCCUGCUGCCCACAGGAUCCUGCAUUGCCUGGUGUCUGUCUGCUUCCAGAUGACUGUUUUACGUGACCUGGAAAAGCUGGCAGGCUGGCACCGCAUAGCCAUCAUCUAUCUGCUGAGUGGUGUCACCGGCAACCUGGCUAGUGCCAUCUUCCUGCCAUACAGGGCAGAGGUGGGCCCAGCCGGUUCACAGUUUGGCAUCCUGGCCUGCCUCUUCGUGGAGCUCUUCCAGAGCUGGCAGAUCCUAGCACGGCCCUGGCGUGCUUUCUUCAAGCUGUUGGCUGUGGUGCUCUUCCUCUUCGCCUUCGGGCUGCUGCCCUGGAUCGACAACUUCGCCCACAUCUCGGGCUUCAUCAGUGGCCUCUUCCUCUCCUUUGCCUUCCUGCCCUACAUCAGCUUCGGCAAGUUUGACCUAUACCGCAAACGCUGCCAGAUCAUCAUCUUCCAGGCAGUCUUCCUGGGCCUGCUGGCUGGCCUGGUGAUUCUCUUCUACUUCUAUCCCGUCCGCUGUGAGUGGUGCGAGUUCCUCACCUGCAUCCCCUUCACCGACAAGUUCUGUGAGAAGUAUGAGCUGGAUGCUCAGCUCCACUGAGCUGGCUGUGGGUACUGGUGGCUGUGACCACCUUUAGCCUCAGGCGUGCAGGACUCCCUCAUCUAUAUGGGGACUUGCAUCUUCUGAACACAGACCUCUUGUGCCUUGUUCAUUUUUGUUGAACCCUUUAUACUGCUGGGCAUUUAUUACACUAAUUCCCAUGAUAAUCUUCUAACUAGUCCCUUGACGACCACUGUAUGUGGCCAAUAAAAUGACUGGGAGCGUUUUAGCUGCCACUAAAUUGA